AUGGUCGAAUUCGAUGAAAACGAGAUUUCCGAAGUCCCGUCGCAAAGGACCGUCACAAAGCCAGAUGACCUUCACGUCGAGGACGACAUAGUAGAUGUGGAAGCGGCUCCAGUACCUCCAGCGCCCAAUUUCCCCACAAUUGACCCGGCCAUCGAGAAACGCGUGCUUCGCAAGUUAGAUAGACGAGUGCCAAUCAUCACAGGUUUUUUAUAUCUGCUGGCUUUCUUGGAUCGCAGUAAUAUCGGAAAUGCGAAAAUUGCUGGAAUGGAAACGGACUUGUCAUUAAAUGGCGGGGCCUAUGCGUGGCUUCUGACAAUUUUUUACAUUUCCUACACGGUAUUCGAGUUCCAGGCCCUGAUGUGGAAGAUCGUCCCCCCGCAUCGAUGGGCUGCCUUUACGGUCGCUCUUUGGGGAAUUGCGGCAACUUGUCAAUCAGCGGUCCAGAACUGGAGCGGUUUGAUGGCUCUCCGGUUCAUCUUGGGUGUGGCAGAAGCAGGGUUUGGGCCCGGUGUGCCCUACCUCUUGUCCUUUUUCUACCGUCGUCGCGAACUCGGUCUUCGCUGUGGUCUUUUCCUUUCCGCGGCCCCCCUCGCCAACACAUUCGCCGGUGCAUUAGCAUAUGGAAUCACAUCAGGACAUCCUAAGCUAGCAAGCUGGCGCUUGCUGUUUCUCGUCGAGGGCAUUCCCAGUCUUCUUGCUGUCCCACUCGCGUGGUUCUUUCUCCCUGAUUCUCCGGCGGAAGCAAGAUUCCUCACUAAGGAAGAAAAGGAUGUUGCCAGGGCCAGGGGGCUGAGACGGAGCGGCGAAGAAGUACAGAGUGGUGGGAUUGUUUGGAAAGACAUUGGCGAGACAUUGCUUGACGCAAAGCCAUGGCUCACUGCGUUCAUGUACUUUAGCUGCAAUGUCAGCUUCUCGUCUCUGCCAGUGUUCUUGCCCACUAUUCUCAAAGACAUGGGCUUUACUGCAAUCAAUGCGCAAGGCCUUACAGCGCCGCCUUUCUUCUUGUCAUUUUUGGUCACGAUUUCCACCACAUGGCUUGCUGAUAAGAUACAACAGCGUGGCUUGGUAAUCGCAACUUUAUCAUUGAUCGGAGCAAUUGGCUACGUUAUUAUUGCCGCAUGCUCCACCGUUGGAGUGCGGUAUUUUGGAGUCUUUCUUGCGGCCAGUGGCGUGUUUCCUGCUAUUGGCAAUAUUCUGCCUUGGGUUCUUAACAAUCAAGGCUCCGAUACUCGGCGAGGCAUGGCAAUGGUCAUGCUCAAUGUCAUCGGUCAGUGUGGGCCAUUCCUAGGCACCAAUGUGUUUCCCGACAAAGAUGCGCCGACCUAUUCACGGGGGCUGUGGAUCUGUGCCGCAUUCAUGUUUUUCAACACGUUCUUGACAAUCAGCCUUCGGUCCCUACUUGUGUGGGAGAACGGGCGACUGGACAAGAAGUAUGGAACUGCAGACGAGCGCCAGGCAGCGAAGAAGGAGAGCGAGGGGAUAGAGUUUGCUGCGGCAGAAGAGAACUACGGCGCAGACUAUCGGUAUAUGCUUUGA